AUGGCGGAUACACAAUUCGACAGCGCCCUUGACCUUCUCCGCCGGCUCUCGCCGCGCGACACAGGCGACAACCUACAAUCCAUCACAACCCUGGUCCCCGAUCUAACGGAAGACCUCCUCGCCUCCGUCGACCAGCCGCUCGAGCAACGGCGGUGCGCCAAGUCGAACCGCGACUACCUGCUUUGCGACUACAACCGAGAUGGCGACAGCUACCGAUCACCCUGGAGCAACGAAUUCGACCCCCCGUUAGAAGAUGGUACAGUACCCAGUGAACGAGUGCGCAAACUCGAGGUUGCUGCCAACGAGGCUUUUGACGUGUACCGAGAAUUGUACUAUGAAGGUGGCAUCGGGAGUGUUUACUUCUGGGAUUUAGAUGAUGGCUUUGCCGGGGUUGUCUUGCUGAAAAAGGGUGUUACCCCCGGUGGAAAGAGCUCCGGAGCGUGGGAUAGUAUCCAUGUCUUUGAAGCGACCGACCGUGCACGCAUGUCGCAUUACAAAUUGACUAGCACUGUCAUUCUACACCUGGCUAAUGAGUCGGAUGCAUUGGGAGAAAUGGACCUUAGUGGAAAUAUGACUCGGCAAGUAGAGACUGAUCUUCCCGUCGAAUCUGACGCCAGCCAUGUCGCGAAUGUGGGAAGGCUUGUCGAGGAUAUGGAACUGAAGAUGAGGAAUUUGCUACAGGAAGUUUAUUUCGGAAAGGCAAAGGACGUCGUUGGAGACCUCCGAAGUCUUGCACCCUUGUCAGAGACGAGCCAAGAGAGGGCUGCUCACCGAGAGAUGAUCAACUCGAUGGGCAAGAAAUAA